AUGAAACGCAACUAUCCAUAUGGUGCGCCUGAUGCGCAAGCUUCAGGUGCCUCACAGUCGGCCUUUGGCCAACCACCACCACCAGCGACUCCUGCCCCUGCGCUACCUGCUUCCGGCCCAUCCCAAGCCGCUUAUGCCAAUUACGGCUAUGGGUCUGUUGCACCCCCACGUCCACAGGUUGGUGCUGCAGCAAACAUUGCGCAGCAACAUCAAUGGAAUCAACAGUGGCAACAGCCCCAGCAGCAAUACUUCCCGCCGCCACCGCCCAACCCGAUGGGCGCGCCGGGCGCGCCCCAAUUUGCUGCUCCCCGAACCCCCUCGCAAUCAGGCCCAUAUCGUGGCGCGUCGGUUCCCAAUGCUGGCUCUCCAUCCGUCAAUCACGCUGCCCCCUAUGCUCAUCAUCAACCACAGCAAUCCGUGCCGUAUCCAUACCAUCCUCAGGCUUCUCCCAUGCAGUCCCAGUCUCCUUCCCAGCAUCCGCAGCCAUCAGUUCCUCCUGCUUACGGCUAUGUUCCACCUGUGCCACCGCAUCGGAAUGCUGCUCCACCUACCGGAAACAGCGAUGCUCAGAACUGGCCUGGCGCUUAUGCUCCAGGUGGUCAGGUAGGCCCGCCCAAUAAAAAGCCGCGUCACCAGGGAUCCAACGUUCCUGCAUUUCAGACCACGGCCCCGCCUUAUGCGCCAAUGGGCGCAAACAUGGCUGGAGGUGCGAUGGGUAACUACCCGACCCAACAGCCUUACGCUUGGCAGGCGCCCCAUGUAUCUUCUGCGUCUCCUAUGAGCUCGCAGCCCGUUCCAGGUCCUCCAGGUCCUCCAGGCGCACAUGGCCGCGCGCCCUCUGCUGGAGGCAUCCACCCAAGUGCGCCAGGCAAAGGUGGCGUCGGGAUUGGUGGCGCUGGUGCUGCUUCAAGCCGCGGAAUGAAUCGCAAUGGUGCUCAGAACCGUGGCAAUCCGCAGCAAAAGCCCUCCGGUCAACGCGCCGGUCUGCCCGCCAAUCCCACUGCCUCUGUGAAUGCCGCACGAGCACCCAAUGGCCAGAUUCGCGCAUGGGGCUCCAAAGCAGCCGGUGCUCCCGCGAUCGAUGCUCCGUCGCAAACGGGGCGUCGAGUGUCUUCUGUCAGCUCUGUACACAGCGAUAAACCAGCUGCGGCUGGCUCGACGAAGGGCUCUAAUUUCAGCUCGCAGAACAUGAUUCCUCCUGAUGCUCCGCGCGGCCCCAACAACACCAGAAACAAAGCUGCGACAGUCUCGUCGAAAGCAUCCACGAGUGGCUUCCUAAGCAACGGCAGCCAAGGGCGUCGCGGCUCUAGCGUCGCCGCAACCAACACACCUGCAGCAGGCUCGGUCGGCCUGGAUGUAGUCGGCGCGGGUGUUUCAUCUGCCAAAGACUCCGGUGCCGGCCAUAAAAGAGCUCAUACUGAUUUCCGCAUCCUAGGUCUGGAAAUCAAGCAGCUCGAUUGGUCCUGGUUUGCUCCGCAGGCCCUCGCUAAGACUGUUAUUGAUGGUCCCAACAACACCGCCGCUCCCUCGGCCUUUGAACAGAAUGCAAAGCCCCACGAGGGAGAGGGGGAUGACUCUGCUGCCGAUGUGGCGGAUGAUUCUACUCUUGUAACCGUCGAGAAUGCUGACGCAGUGUCUGCGCGGGCCAAGCCGAGCAUCGAAGGGGACGAAGUUCAUGGCGGUACCGACCGGAAGCAAAUCACUGACGAGAGUCCCAUUGCCGAUGAUGAUGAAGCGAACGAUGAGAAUCAAGACGAUGACGAAGAAGGCCUCGACGACCAAGACGAAGUUGCUGAAGCCAAUGCGAAUCCGGAACAAGGGGCCAUUGCUAAUGCGGAUGGCGACGAAGUCACCCAUGGUGAUCUCGACGUGGACGCCGAAGCUGACGCCGAGGGAGACGCUGCCAUGUCUCAUGCCGAAACCGACACAGUCGCUUCUGAACACCAGGAGUCGGUUGCGCCCACCCCGGAACCGAGCGGCGAAUUGUCCAAGCUGUCUCAGAAGCAUGAGACGCAGCAAGGCAAAGCAUCAAAGGCAGAAUGCGUGAAAAAUUUGGCCAAUCUCCGAGAUUCGACCAAACUCCGCAUCUGCUUUGCUGCUGUGUUCAAUGCUGCACCUGAAGGCGCUCCCACUGAUUCCAAGCCUCCAAAGACCCAAGAUGCCGCGAUUAAAGUUGAGCGAAGUAUUCAGGAUGAGGCAUCUGUUGAUCGAGCCGAGCAGAACUUUGAUGCAGCUGAAGGUUCGGAGGAGUCGAAGAACGAUGCGCCUAAGAUCGACAUCAAAGCAGAAGAGCCUAACGACUUGACCGAAGAAAGCUCGGUUCAGGGCGUGAAAGAAGAGCAGGUUGCCGUAAGCUCUGAAUCGGCACAAGCUGGCAUCUUUGACGAGGUUGUCGAGCCGAACGAGUCCCCCGUGCAUGCUGAUGAAGGGACUCCGACAGCGGCCGGAACCAAGGAGGUAGAAUCUAGCAAGGAACCAGAUGAAGCCAAGGCGGAAAAUAAGAAGGAGCUCGAAGCGCCGGCAAGUCAAGUAGUCGAAGAUGCCGCCAAUACAUGCGCUGCAUCCAAGAGUAAGAAAACUCGAUCGGCGGUCGAUAAUAGCCCUCAGACAAAGGGCCCACCUCAGCUGUCCUCGAACCGCAUCUUUCUGUCGUUUGCGGCCAACAGAAAGCGUUUAGCUAUCGAUGCCGAAGCGGUCAAAUCGGUCAAGAUCCAUCGCUCCGAGCACUGGGUCGAGAUCCGCAUCAAUGCUUCGCAUCCAACUGAACAACCUGCUCGUAAAAAGGGCGAGGAGUAUUUGGUCUGGCAGGGCACUUUACUGGAGAAGCGCGGCAAAGGGCAGGAUAAUUACGCGGCGGUGACGCGCAGCGAGAUCGCAAGCGCCUGGAAGAUCGCUGAAGCCGCCGACAUCGAAUCAAGUGGUAAAGGCGAGCGAUCAGGUGACGAGCAUCUCGAGCUUCCUCCUUUUUUCCGUCUUGAUGAGUCUGCGUCUGAUCUGGUGCUGCGCGUGCACCUCGAUGCGUCGGCUCCGCUCCCUGAACCGGCUUGGCUGCGAAAGAACGAGGUGGGCGAAUUGCUUGCGAGCCUUCAGCGUAGCAGCACUGGUACUGCAGGUAAGGCGGAAACAGCUGUAUCCGUGGCGGCUGCACAACAUGUAUGGGCUGGGAAGAUCGAGGUGAUGGAUCCGGAUCCGCCGCCGUCCAUGUCGACGUUCCUGUACGAGUGGAUCAAGGAGUCGUUUGUCGGAAGUCAAAAGGACAGGCGCAAGUUUGUGGAUGGGAUGCUCAGUUGGAAAAAGAAGGAACACAGCAGCGCGGCUCGUGAGAAGAUCAAAUUGGAACGAGGCGCAGAAGCGGAGCUUGGUGAGAGACGCCUCAAGACGCAAGAAGGAACUAUGGAGAAGGCCGAAAAAGAAUCGGAUAGCGAACGCGAUGUUCGAGUGGCACGCUUGUUUGUCGAUAUGGUCUCGCGAUUGAUCAAGGGCGAGCGUGCGACUCUGCACACUGACAGCGCGACGAGCCACUUGGCACGCGCGCACGAUUCGAGCUCGUGCACGUCGACUACGUAUCCAGGCUUGUUCAUGCUUGGCCUGUUGGACAUCUCGCUCGACUCUGCUGAUGCGCAAGCGGCCAAGCGACUUCGGCAACGCAUCGACGAGAUGCUCAUCGAGAUGCCUCGCGCAACACUGCUCAAAGCGGCCGAUCUGGCGUUUAAAGAUCUCGAUGAGAGUGCGAGCAAGCGCUCUGCUGUGGCUGCGUCGACGCAAUCUGCGCCAGCUAGCCGCAACCGUGCGCAUCAGCCUCGCCACCACCACCGACGUCAGCAUCCCGGCACAGCACACAUCUCUCAUCCUGCUGGCCGCCAUGCUAAACGCAAACGUGCCUGA